AUGGGAGAGGAACCAAGGACCUUUGAUGUCCCGUUCAACGGGCUAGGUGAUAUAGAUCCCCAGUGUGCCGAUGGAGAUCUGGCGAACCCCGAGGCCUCAUUCGGAGAGGAUUCUGACGAUGGACAUGGACCCGUCAUCUGGGAGGCCGACGAGUCAGACCCGAUGGAUGAGGAGCCGGUGGAUUGGGAUUCUGACCCGGAGCCUAUGGAUUCGGAUGGUGAGCCGGAGCCGAUGGAGCAAGACCCUGAGCCGGAGGGCGAGCCAGAGGAGGGCGAUUCUGAGGACGAGUCUGCAGAGGCCGAGUCCGAGUUGGAUUCCAUAGACUCCGAGGCCAAGUUGUCUGACAGUUCUUCCGAGUCCUCGGGAUCUGACCCGGACUGGGUACCUUAG